UCAGCGUGGGCUGCAAGGAAUGGGCGUGUCCGCAGUCUGUCCGGGACGAUGCGGGGCGGCUCCGGGCGGAAGGAGGAGAGUCAGGGAUGCGGCGGCGGGGCUGGUGGCUGCUGCUCGGGCUGUUGCUGCUCCGGCUCGGUCUCCACGCUCUGAGGAGCCUGAUCUCUCCCGGGGUGGUGCUGGUGGCGGCGGGGCCGGCAGUGGCGGCGGUGUGCCGGGCCACCUAUGGACGCUUCCACCUGGGGGACGACUACGGGCGCCGGUACAGCUCCUUCCCGGCCGGGCUGCGGAAGGAGAUGCGGGAGAUGGCCCGGGGCAUGUUCUCCUUCGGCUACGACAACUACAUGCACUACGCCUUUCCGGAGGACGAGCUCAACCCCAUCCUGUGCCGGGGCCGGGGGCCGGACACCGGGGACCCUUCAAAUCUUAACAUCAAUGAUGUGCUCGGGAACUAUUCUCUCACCCUGAUUGACGCCCUGGACACGUUAGCGGUUAUGGGUAAUGCCACAGAGUUUCAGAAAGCCGUGCGUCUGGUGAUCGACACGGUUUCUUUUGACAAAGAUUCCACCGUGCAAGUGUUUGAGGCAAACAUCCGGAUUUUGGGUAGUCUGCUGUCUGCGCACAUCAUUCUGACGGACGCCGAGCAGCCGUUUGGCAACAUGACUGUUUAUGGUUACGAUAAUGAACUCUUACAGAUGGCGCAUGACCUGGCUGUCCGACUUCUUCCUGCCUUUGAGAACACCAGAACAGGGAUGCCGUACCCGAGAGUAAACCUGAAGAAGGGCGUGCCGCCUGACAGCCUGAAUGAGACGUGUACGGCCGGUGCCGGCUCGCUGCUGGUAGAGUUUGGCAUCCUCAGCCGGCUUCUCGGAGACUCCACGUUUGAAUGGAUGGCCCGCCGUGCUGUACGAGCCCUGUGGGGUCUGCGGAACAAUAACACCGGUCUCCUGGGUAACGUGGUGGAUAUCCAGACAGGACAGUGGGUUGGGAAGCAGAGUGGGCUCGGAGCGGGCCUGGACUCUUUCUAUGAGUACUUGCUGAAGUCCUACAUCUUGUUUGGAGAAGAGGAAGAUCUGCACAUGUUUAAUGAGGCCUAUAAGAGCAUUCAGAGCCACCUGCGGAGAGGACGGGAAGCGUGCAAUGAAGGCGAGGGGGAUCCACCGCUGUAUGUCAAUGUCAACAUGUUUAAUGGGCAGAUCAUGAACACGUGGAUAGAUUCUCUCCAGGCUUUCUUUCCUGGCCUCCAGGUCCUGAAAGGAGACAUUGAGGACGCCAUCUGUCUCCACGCCUUCUAUUACGCGAUCUGGAAGAGGUACGGCGCCCUGCCCGAGAGGUACAACUGGCAGCUGCAGGCGCCAGAUGUCUCCUUCUACCCACUCAGACCAGAACUGGUGGAGUCCACCUACCUCUUGUAUCAGGCCACUAAGAACCCGUUCUACCUACAUGUCGGAAUGGACAUCCUGCGCAGCCUGGAGAAACACGCCAAGGCCCGGUGUGGUUACGCAACGCUCCACCACGUGAUCGACAAAUCCCAGGAGGAUCGGAUGGAAAGUUUCUUCUUGAGCGAGACGUGCAAAUAUCUGUACUUGCUUUUUGACGAGGAGAACCCAGUGCACCUGACGGGCAACAAAUAUCUCUUUACAACUGAAGGCCACCUGAUCCCACUUGACCCCCGCUUCAGGAACAAAGCCUGGAAGGACAUCUUUGUACCGGACAGUAAAGCCACCGCAGAGAAGCUGUCCCAGAACAAACUCCGUGCCGCAAACUUAAGCAGCAAUUGUUACAGGGUCCCUGCGGAGCGCCGCUACUCUCUCCCGCUGAAGAGCGUUUACAUGCGCCAGAUUGAUCAAAUGGUCGGGCUUCUAUAGCCUCAGUGAUCGGUGACCAUACCGGAGUUCCUCCGAGUCCUGGUAUCCAGAUAAUAUAUCUGGGGGUGUCCGAGUGUUGCAGGUGCCAGCCGCUUGCUGUCACUGGGCGUGGAACAAGCCAGUAUCGGUCAAAGUGCCUGUGAGUGCCACGUCAGGGACUGUAAGGUCCCACAGCUCAGGAACCGUGCGAGGACUUACACCUGUUUUGUGUCUUCUUCCGAAGCUGCUGCAUUCUCCAAAACGUUAUUACCCCUUCAAGUUAUGUUCUACUGAUACCACUUGGCCUAUAACUAAUGACUGUGUUUACCUUUCUAAUUUGGUGGUGAAACGCGUCAUGUCACUGCCAUGUCCUGCUCUUUGUCCUUUUAUGUUCCGUGGUUUCCCAGGGUGGGAUGUUCUCCUGCCUGGCACCCAAUUACAAGUUGCCAAAUUGUUCAAGUCAGGCUGUCUCUCUCCUGAUGCGACGCAGGGAUCACGUUUCGCUGGAAGCUGCUCAGUGCCUAUAAUGACGUUUCUGCCAUGUUUUUUUCGACAAGGCCUCUUUUGAUACGCCAUCUCUUUUCAUACUUCCUUUGCGAAUCCAAAUCAGGGCUGCCUUAGAAUUUUCAGAGAGCCUGGAGGUAAAUUAUUGCACUUUUUUUUAUUUUUUUUUAUAUAAUUUAAGGAAGGAAAUGGAGAACUGAUGUCACAUGCUGGUCUGUGACCGGAGUCUUUUUGUGGACUAUACCAUCUGUGGGAUGAAUAGGGGGGAGGACGAAUGUUCCCACUCGUGCCUAGCAGUGCGUCAAUUCCCUGCCCUGUCAGGGGUUCUAAUCAUUAAGUAUUCAGGGAUUACAUGUUUUUAUUUUUUAAAUAUUUUUUUUUUUUAAAUGUAAAAACAGAGUCUUAUAUUAAAAGUAUAUGCAUUUUCA